GUACCAGAAGCUGAAAUAAUGGCCGCUAACUUUGUGAGCGCUUCCAAGGCGAUUGUCCUGCUAGCACUUUGCUUCAUCGUGAUAUGCAAAACUGUGUCUGCCGGGCCUCAGCAUACCUGCGCCUACCCUCAAGCUUGCACCAAUCCGGGUGCAAAUGACCCCAGCCACGUCGUGACCUCUACCGCGCGGUACAACCCGACCACUAAGAAGUGCGAGACCAUCCCGUCGGAGACCGGACCUCACAACUGCCAGAAGUUCGCGACCCUCGCAGACUGCCAGAAGAAUUGCGCGAAUGCAAAGUAA